UUCAGUUGACUUUGUAGACAAUAUUUCUUAACACCUAAUUAGCUAUUUUCUCAGCGGUUAUCUAAAAUCCCAUUCAACCCCGAAGCCUCUCCCGCCAAAAUCCCCCAUGCCAAGCCCAAAAGCAAGAACAUCAUUAACCCCAAAUGCCCCGCCUCACUCCUCCUCAACUCUCCGACCUCCUCCACCAAUGCAUCGCCGGAAGCCUCCUCCUUCCCGCCAAAUCCAUCCAUGCCCACAUCCUCAAAUCAUCCUUCCUCUCGUUCGACACAUUCCUCUCCAACCGCCUCGUCGAGUUCUACUCCCAGUCCAAGAACUACACCUACGCCCUCAACCUCUUCAACUCAAUCCCUAACCCCAACAUCUUCUCUUGGAACGCCAUCCUCUCUGCGUUAUCGAAAUCACGAAACUUGGAUGAUGCGUUCAAGGUGUUCGAUAGAAUGCCCGAGAGAAAUGUCGUUUCUUGGAACACUGUGAUUGGGUUGUUAUCAAAAAACGGUCACGAGAGAAAAGCGUUGGAGAUGUAUUACACGAUGAUUUUGGAAGGUUUCGUGCCAACACAUUUCACAUUUGCCAGCGUUUUGAGCGCUUGUGGGGGUUUGGAGGUGGUCACAGACGGGAGGAGGUGUCACGGGUUGAUUGUGAAGGUUGGGCUUGAGAGUAAUUUGUUUGUGGAGAAUGCGCUUAUUGGGAUGUAUAUGAAGUGUGGCUUUGUGGAGGAGGCUUUGAGGCUGUUUGAUUCUAUGGCGAACCCGAAUGAGGUGUCAUUUACUGCCAUGAUGGGGGGGUUAGUGUCGAGUGGUUCGGUUGAGGAGGCAAUGAGAUUGUUUGUGAGGAUGCAUGGGAGGGGAAUUCCUAUUGAUCCUGUUGCAGUUUCUAGCAUUUUGGGCGCUUGUGCUAGAGCAAAUGAAGAAGACCCUAGUCAUGAUGUAGAUAAGAACUUGCUAGGGCAUUCGGUUAAAGCCUUCGUGUUUAAGAAGGGUUUUGAAGCAGAUCCUCACGUGGGGAAUUCACUGAUCGACAUGUUUGCAAAGACGGGUGAAAUGGAUGAUGCUGAAAAGAUUUUCAAAUCGCUACCUGAAAUCAAUGUUGUUUCUUGGAAUGUAUUGAUCGCUGGUUAUGGGCAGAAAGGCGAUGGCAAGAAAGCUUUGGAAAUGAUAGAAUUGAUGAAAGACUCUGGAUUCGAACCUGAUGAGGUUACUUAUAUCAGUUUGCUCGGUGCUUGCACAAAGUCUGGUGAUGUUGAAACUGCUCGUAAAAUAUUUAGUAAGAUAUCGAGACCAAGUGUUAUUUCUUGGAAUGCUAUAAUUUCCAGUUACUGCCAAGAGGAAAGGUAUCAGAAGGCUAUUGAGCUGUUCAGAACCAUGCAAUAUCAGCGUGUUGCUCCUGAUCGAACCACAUUAUCUGUAAUCGUGAGCUCUUGCUCAGGAUUAGGGAAUUUAGGGUUUGGAAAAGCGAUCCAUGCUGCCUCGAUUAGGUCCAUGCUUCACUCCGACAAGUUUGUUGCUAGUAGUCUUGUUGACAUGUACUCAAAGUGUGGGCAAAUUGAAUCAGCACGACAAAUCUUUAAUAGAAUGCCCGAAAGGGAUGUUGUCUGUUGGAAUUCAAUGAUCACAGGCUUUGCGCUUCAUUCUCUUAAUAAAGAAGCUCUCUUUUUCUUCAAAUUGAUGCGAGAAGAUGGCAUGACCCCAACUGAGUUCUCAUAUGCUAGUGUGAUCAAUUCAUGUGCAAGGUUGUCUUCGUUAUCGGAAGGAAGGCAGAUACAUGCCCAAAUCACUAAAAGUGGCUAUGAUGCAGAUGUAUACGCGGGGAGCUCUCUCAUUGAUAUGUACUCCAAAUGUGGUAACGUAGACGAAGCCCAAAAGUUCUUCGAUUUCAUGCCAACAAGAAAUACUGUUUCUUGGAAUGAGAUGAUUCAUGGGUAUGCCCAAAAUGGUCUCGGAGAGAGAGCAAUCGCCUUAUUCGAGCAACUGUUAAAAGCUAAAGUGAAGCCAGAUGCUGUGACCUUCAUCUCUGUUCUAACUGCUUGUAGCCAUGGAGGCUUAGUCGAUGAAGGGAUCAAGAUCUUGGAAUCAAUGGAGAAAGAUUAUGGCAUUGAGCCAUUAGCUUAUCACUACACCUGUGUUAUAGAUUCUUUAGGCCGAGCUGGGAGGCUCGAAGAAGCUGAAGAGCUUGUCGAUAAGAUGAAGUGGAAGGAUGAUCCUAUUGUGUGGGAGGUUUUGCUUAGUUCUUGUGCAGUUCAUGGGGAUGAGAGACUGGGGAGAAGAGCAGCAGAGGUUUUGUUUAGAAUUGAUCCAAAGAAUUCAGCAUCUUAUGUGCUUUUGUCUAACAUAUAUGCAGGCUUGGGGAAGUUUAAAGAAGCUUCAGAGGUUAGACGUUUGAUGAGUGAUUGUGGGGUUGUGAAGGAUAAAGGGUAUAGUUGGAUUGAUCAGAAGAGUGGGGUGAGAGCUUUUAUGGUUGAUGACGGUGAAGGUCAAUUGUCAUAUGAUGACAAUGAUGCUUGUGUUGCUUAAUUAAAUUUGGUUGGCUGAUUUUUAAAAAGGAAAUUAUAGCCUUGUCCUUGAUUUGUUGAAGGGUAAGCAUAAAGGGACGUUGAAAUGAAAGAAAGCAGAACGUGGCGCCGGAGAUGGAGGAUUUUCAUAAUGAGUUGGGAGGUAUUGCAUAAGAAAAAUACGUUGUGACUGUAAUUAGAGCACUUUGUGCACUGAUACCCUGUUGUAUGUUAUCAAACUUUAACAAGUGAUCUUGAGUUAUUAAUGAAUUAUGUACAAGUGUAUUAA